AUGACCCUGUCUUCAAAUGACCAAUGGCUGAGCUCCACAGUGGUUCUCGGAGAGGUUUGUAACAGACUACACCUACGCGAAGAAGAGAAAAAGGGAUCUUGGAGAGGUAUACUCUUUUUUGCUGCUGGGAACUGCCUCAACUUCAUGUCAUUUGCUUAUGCUGCACAGUCACUACUUGCAGCUCUUGGAUCAAUCCAGUUUGUGUCCAACAUUGCUUUUGCCUACUUUGUGUUGAACAAGACUAUUUCAGUGAAAGUCAUGGUAGCCACAACGUUUAUCGUCUUCGGCAACAUCUUCUUAGUAUCCUUUGGCAACCAUCAAUCACCUGUUUACACGCCGGAGCAGCUUAUCGCAAAAUACAGCAAUUUGGUGUUUGUUCUUUAUUGCAUGUCAUUGGUCUUUGUUGUUGCAUUUAACCAUUAUCUCUACAGGAGUGGAGAAACUAUUAUUUCAAACAGUUCAAAAGAUGUUGGCACAUAUUGGCGAACAAUGUUGCCAUUUUCUUAUGCUGUUGUAUCUGGUGCUAUUGGAUCUUGCUCUGUCUUGUUUGCAAAGUCAUUGUCUAACAUGCUGAGGCUGACUAUGAGCAGCAGAUACGAGUUCCAUAGCUGGCUCACAUACUCAAUUGUUUUUCUGUUUCUGUGUACUGCUGGAUUUUGGAUGGCAAGAUUGAAUGAAGGGCUGUCAUUAUUUGAUGCAAUACUGAUUGUUCCAAUGUUUCAAAUUGCUUGGACCUUCUUCUCUAUUUGUACAGGAUUUGUUUACUUUCAAGAAUAUCAAGUAUUUGAUACGCUCAGGAUAAUUAUGUUUGUAUUGGGCAUGACAUUUGUCUUCGUUGGGAUCUCCUUGCUUGCACCCGAUGACACUAAAGCUGAUACAAAAGAUGGUUCGAGCACCAUCGAGGACUGCAUAGUUGAUUUGGACAGAAAUGGAAAGAUGCAGAUGGAGGAGACAGACACGGAUGAAAGCAACUCGUUUGUUACUUCUGUAAAAGUAAAAGCAAAACGUGUACUGUUGAAGGCAAAGUCUGCAUGCUCCAUGUCCCUUGGCCUUGGGGAGGACACCAUAAGCGCUUCGUCGGUGCUUGCGAUCCCUAUGGUCUCAUCAAGAACAACCGGCUUCAGAAAUGACCGUUCAAAAAUUGCAAUUUCUUUUGCGGUCGGGCUGCAUACUGGGAAGGAACCGGGAACCCGGAACUGGGUUAGCGCCAACGGCUUACCGCUAGGGCAGCUAGACUGUCGAAAGCCAGAUCAUGCCAUUCCCCUGCUCCAACAACUCUGGAACAUGAGAUACUUUUACUUGCCCAGCUGGCCAAUUUGCGCUACAAUUCGUGGUCACUGGGAGACGAACAAAUCGAAAUUCAACAACCUGGUGCUGUCAUCUUAA